AUGAAAUCAUCUAGGGAUGAUGUUCCUGUGGAAGUUGACGAGGGGGCACGAAAUGUUCGUCCACGACUUUUUAGCCCUAUACAAAAUGAAUCACGUGAAAAAGAAUAUCAGCAUCAACCAAAACCACAAGCACAACAAGAGCAAGAGCAACAACUGCCUUCUACACCUAAGAAUUCUGCGGGGGUAGUGUCUCCAUUGGGGGUGCCCUCUGCGAAGUUUGUAGCGAAGACCCCUUUCUUUAUAGUCACCGAAGAAGAAGCCUGGCUUUCAGCCACAACAGCAGCGCAGCAAAAGAAGUUACCUCUCUUUGAAGAGGCGAAUCGCUGUUGGCAGCAGCAUCGGGCCACAGGGAAGAUGCAUCAUGAACCACCAUGGCGUCUCUGCCAACGAGCCGAGGAUAACCGUGAACAUCCGUAUUAUAUGCAGUGGUUGGAUACAAUGGAAUUACUUCCAAUGGAGGAGUUACUUGGAAAGGAAAGCAGUAGUGGUAUGACGGCUGAUAGCAGCGACCAUACGGACGAAAAGAGAAAAGCUAUCGCAGAUGAAAAAACAGAUAGUGAACACCUACAGCAAGAAAAAUAG